GGCAAGGAUGAGAAUGCAGCUGACCCCCAUCCACUCCAUACCCAUCAGGUUUACCCACCUGAAGGAAACACCAUACAACAAAUGCUGAUCACAUGCCGGACUUGCAAGCGUGCCUCAGUUUAUUAUUGCGUUGAUUAUCCUAGCAGUCACUGUAGUAGGCGUAAUGACUUACUUUAGUUAUCGGUGGCUAGUCUCUAUCCUUCAACCUCAUCAUUCUGCCAGCGACAGUAGCGCCGCUUUAGUGCCCACUACUGUACAUUCAACAGAGCCCAGUAGUACUCCAUCAUUGAAAAUAAGCCACAGUCUACCAGACAUAAACGAAGAGGUCCAAAAAGAGCCUCACUGCAAGAAGACAGCACCUCCUCGUCAGACCACCUUACCAACUGUCCCAACUCGUCAUCAGACUUUUCAGAGACAGCUAUCCCAUCGUCUCGAUAUUUACGAUGUACCAUUUGAAGUGUGCAACAAAUCACCUCGUGAGACGCCAUCUGUUGGAGAAAUUAAACCGGAACUGUACAAGAGAGAGCUGGUCCGACAGGUGUCCACUGAAAGCAACAAUACGUUCGAAGAAGAUGGAGACUAUGGAAAGCCUUGUGGGAAACUCCAUUUCACUCUCAAAUAUGAUCAAGACGUGGAAGGCCUAAUUGUCAGAGUUCUUGAAGCUCGAGACCUCCCAGUGAAAGAUUUCACGGGAUCCUCGGACCCAUAUGUCAAGAUAUAUCUUCUCCCCGAUCGAAAGAAAAAAUUCCAAACACGGGUUCAUCUCAAGAAUCUAAACCCAGUCUUCAAUGAAACGUUUGUAUUCGGCGUUAGUUAUGACCAGUUAAAAACCCGCACGUUACAGUUUUCUGUAUACGACUUCGACCGAUUUUCCAAACAUGAUUUGAUUGGGCAGGUUCUAGUUAAGACAUUGACAGAGGUUUGUGACGUCACCUAUGACGUGGAGUAUAUCAUGGACAUAAUGUGUGUUCCUCAGGAUAAAGAAAACUUAGGAGAACUAAUGUUAUCACUGUGCUACUUGCCAACUGCCGGCAGACUGACGGUCACGAUCAUGAAGGCAAGAAACUUAAAAGCCAUGGACAUCACUGGAUCAUCUGAUCCCUACGUUAAAGUUUCUUUGAUUUGUCAAGGAAAGAGGAUCAAGAAGAAGAAAACCACCGUGAAAAAGUCAACCCUAAAUCCGAUUUAUAAUGAAGCAUUAGUGUUUGAUGUUCCAGCAGAAAAUAUUGAAGAUGUUAAUCUAGUGAUCAAGGUUAUCGAUUAUGACAGGGUUGGGGCAAAUGAGAUGCUUGGUUGUUGUGCGAUUGGGAGCCAGUGUAUAGGUUUGGGCAGAGAUCACUGGUUGGAAAUGUUGGACACACCCCGAGAACCUGUAGCCCAGUGGUAUCAUCUAGUGGAUAGUGCCCCAAGUUUCUUGGACUUAUCGGGGAGGUCGCCGGUGAAAUGUAUCAGUAUAAGGUGAUGCCCAGAUUGGGGUGGCUAUUUUAAAGUUGUCACUAGCAUGGUUUGAACAUGCUACAUAAUCUUAAAGAUGGGUUUUAAUCUUAAAACAGUUGUUCCACUUUCUCGCAUGGUCUCUGUCUUAGUAGACGCUGCUUCUGUAUGGCAUACACGUGGCAUAGUAUCAGUAAUAUUGAUCCUAGUGAAUCAGAUGUACAUGUUCUAAGCCAAUGUAUACUCAUCUCGCUAACACUUCGUUCUCGUUUCCCUUUUUAAAUGUCCUUAUUUUAUUAAUAAAAUCAAUCUAGUUCAGUUUUCAUGUGAAUAACAAAAACUGUGCAUCUGGAAAAAAACAAUAACUUUCAUUAACUUUAACGUUAAUUUCGAAAUAUAUUUUUUCGUUCUAAAUUAUGGAUGAUGUCCGAAAAUAUUUCUUUAAUGAUAUGCCGUUACCUUAUGCUAAUCUCUUUUGUUCUAUAGUCUUUUUGCUACAUCUUUAUCCUUAAUUAUCUUUAGUAAUUUUUCUUUCUUCUCUACCUCACUAAAGCUUGUUAUUCUAUCGCUUUAUUACAUUUAUUUUUCUUAAUAACCUUUUAUAGUCUGUAGUUCCUCUCUUACCAAUAAUGAACGUAGUAACAGUCAUCAAAAAUAAGUCAUUUUAAAAUAAAGUCUAACAAAAAGUUGGCAAGAAUUAGCAUAUUGUAUGUAAAAAACAAAAAAAAACUGUUAAUUAAUUAUUGAGCUGCAUUAUCCCAUGUUACAGAAUCAAACUUUUAAAUUAUUUAUGAUAAAAAUAUACAAUGUAAUAAAAUCAUUCAUUUGUUUGAAAGACUUUUUAUGUUCGAUUAUUAUAUGAGCUCUGGGUAAUUUUGGUCAUUAUUUAAAUUCCGUUUUUUUAAAAUGAAUGAUUAUAGAUCCCAAUGCAUGGCUUAAAUCAAUGUUACCCAAACCAAAAUAUACUGAGCCCGGUAGAUUUUUUGAAUAUUUCACAGCGCCCUGGUAACAUUAGCUGUAAGUAUUUUAAUAUUUUAAAAAAGAGGAUGUGACAGGUGGGCGUGAUAGGAGGGGGGUCUGAUUUCCUAUUCGAUUGCUCUUUAGAGUUAGACAAAUAAGAUUGAAGGAUAUAGAAAGUUUGCUUCGCCUGAUCAAUGACGACAUUAUAGAGAGUAAUUUAAGUUAAAUUUCGUACUUCUCGGAGGGGUGGUAAAUAAAUUUGAGAAGAAGAGA